AUGUCCCCAUACCCCACAACAAAAUGGCCUUGCCGAGCGCAAACAUCGCCACGCCUUUUCGGCGGUUGUUUCGUAAUGACCCGGAUUAUUCUUUUAUCCUUACAUUUGGGUGUACAUGCUAUCCGUAUCUUGGUGCUUAUGUUUCUAACAAGUUACAACCUCAUUCUCUUGCUUGUGUUUUUCUUGGAUACAGUGCAAAUCAUCAUGGAUAUCGCUGCUAUCAUCCUCCCAUCGGCCACAUUUGGAGCCCAUUUUGCCCCUACACAGUCAGCCCAUGUGGAGCUAUCUAGUCCUAUAGCCGCCAACUUGAAUUCAUCUCCAAUCCUUUCUCUCGUUCCAGCCGACCUUGCGACCCCGACUUCACCAUCACCUGCUCUGGUCAUCACACUAGCAUCCGCACCAACCGCUGCCACCCAUCUCUCGGCACCAGCCCCCUUGGCUCCAGCACCGACCAACGCCACACCAGUCUUGGCUACAGCACAUCCCUCUUCGUCUGCUCCAGCACCAUCGCCAGCCGGCACUCCACUGCUCCCGCCUUCAGCACAGCUUCCCGACAAGCCUCUUGCUCCUCCCUCUAAUCGGACAAGCCCAGUUCACACAUGGUCCAAAUCCGGCAUCUUCAAACCCAAGUUUCGUUCUAAUUUCAUGGUUCGCUAUCCUAUUCCUUCAGCGUUCAUUGCUUUGGCUGAUUUUGAUCUUGAGCCUACAUGCUACACCCAGGCCUCUCGAUUUUCUCAUUGGCGACAAGCUAUGUAUGAUGAGUUUAAUGCGCUUCUUAAGCAGGGCACUUGGUCUUUGGCUCCCUUGCCCCCUUCUGUUCGUGCUGUCGGUUGCAAGUGGGUUUUCAAAAUCAAACGUAACUAUGAUGGAAGUAUAGAACGUUACAAGGCCCGUUUGGUGGCCAAGGGUUAUCAUCAACAACCAGGAAUUGACUAUUUUGAUACCUACAGUCCUGUUGUCAAACCCACCACUAUUCGCGCUCAGCCUCCUGGAUUUAUUGAUCCUACUCGGCCCCAACAUGUUUGCAAACUCCAUAAAGCUCUCUAUGGCCUCAAACAGGCUCCUCGUGCAUGGUUUCAGCGCCUCAGUUCUUUCCUCAUUCGUUAUGGGUUUCUCCAAAGCCGUGCCAACUCCUCAAUGUUUAUUUUUCGGAACAACUCUCACAUGAUGGUCUUACUUCUUUAUGUCAACGACAUUGUUCUCACCGGCAGUAGUACUUCUUCCCUUCUGGAUUUCAUUUGCAUCUUGGGCGCUGAAUUUGAUCUCAAAGAUCUUGGGCAACUCAAUUAUUUCCUGGGUAUGGAGGUGACUUAUUUGUCUGGUAGUAUUCAUCUCACACAGAAUAAAUAUACCAUUGAUUUACUCAAACGCAGUAACCUGUUGGAGUGGAAGCCUUGUUCCACGCCCAUGGCCUCCAAAGGCUCCCUAUCUCGCACCGCUGGUCAUCCUCUCUUUGACCUCUCCAUUUAUAGGCAGCUGGUUGGCACUCUACAGUACUUAACUCUCACUCGUCCCGACAUUGCCUACGCGGUUCAAUUUGUGUCUUAA